AGCCCACUUGGCUUGAACAGCUGGAGAGUCGUUUCCUUUCGAAAGAAAGGGAAGCAGGCAGCUUGACCUCGAGUUACCCGACCGGCGCCGCUGCGGAAAGAGGGCUUUGUGAAGGGCUCCCCGCUCCCGCCUGCCUGCCGCUAGCUCCCGCCUCCUCCUCCUCCUCCUCCUCCUCCUCCUCCUCCUCCUCUUCUUCUCGCCCGCUUUCCCUCGCUGCGGAGCCAUGGCCAGGCUGGGCGGGAGGCUGGGGCGCUGCCUGCGGGGCCCGGGGGGCUCUCUGGGCCGCCCUCAAGGAGGCUGCCGGGGCCUCUCACAGGCGGCAGCAGCAGCAGCCUCCGCCCCCGCCUCCCGGAGCGAGGAGCGCCUGAAGCGGCCGGAGGAGCUGCCGGGGCCCGGACCCCUCAAGUCGCACUACUUGCUCUUCGCCCGGGGCUACUUGCUGCACACGCACCGCCUGCAGGUCCUUUCUAAGAAGCUGUACGGCCCCAUGUGGAAAUCCUGGUUUGGCUCAAGUUUAAAUAUUAAUAUUGGCAGUGCAGAAACCUUAGAAGAAGUUGUGCGCCAGGAGGGGAAGUACCCCAUACGGAGCGACAUGGCUCUUUGGAAGGAGCACCGGGACAAACGUCACAUCCCCUAUGGCCCCUUCACUGAGGAUGGGAAGCGGUGGCACCGCCUGCGACAGGUGCUGAACCAGAGGAUGCUUAAACCUUCUGAAGCCGUGUUGUAUGCAGAUGUCAUCAAUGAGGUUGUGUCUGACCUGGUGAUACACCUAGAGAAUGAGAGAAGCAAGAGCCCCUCGGGUGUAAUGAUCCAAGAUAUAGCCAAUGUGUUAUACCGAUUCGCCCUUGAAGGCAUCUCAUGCAUCCUCUUUGAGACCCGCAUUGGCUGUUUGGAAAAACAGAUCCCUGCAGAGACCCAGCGCUUUAUUGAUGCUAUUGGAUACAUGCUGAAGAACUCUGUCUUUGCCACCAUCUUCCCCAAGUGGACCCGAGAUGUGCUGCCUUAUUGGAACCGUUACCUAGAAGGCUGGGAUACUAUCUUUGCCUUUGGGAAAAAACUGAUUGAUCAGAAGAUGGUGGAGCUAGAGAAGCACCUGGAACAGGGUGAGGAAGUCUCAGGCUACCUAACUUAUCUACUGUCCAGUGGGCGCCUUAGCCUUGACGAAGUGUAUGGAAGCAUAGCUGAGCUGCUUCUGGCUGGUGUGGACACCACCUCCAAUACUCUCUCGUGGGCCUUGUACCAUCUGUCUAAGAACCCUGACAUCCAGGAAGCUUUGUACCAAGAAGUGAUCAAUGUAGUACCCAAAGACAAGAUUCCCAGUGCCAAGGAUCUCACUAGGAUGCCAUUGCUGAAAGCCAUCAUCAAGGAGACUCUCCGGCUCUAUCCUGUGGUCCCCACCAACGCCCGGGUCAUUGCGGAGAAUGAUGUGGUUGUUGGGGGAUACCAUUUUCCAAAGGAUACCCUCUUUGUGUUGGCCCAUUAUGCUAUCUCGCAUGAUGAGAACAAUUUCCCAGAGCCUGAGCGGUUCAUACCAAGUCGCUGGCUGCGUGGUCAGAGAGAAUCAUCUCAUCACCCCUUCAGCUCCAUUCCUUUUGGCUACGGUGUGCGUGCCUGUGCGGGACGCCGCAUUGCUGAACUUGAGAUGCAUCUGGCACUAGCCAGGCUUAUCCGGAUAUUCUUAUUCAAGCCAGACCCACAGCAAACUGAAGUGAAGCCCCUUGCCCGUAUUGUGCUUGUGCCUGACAAGCCCAUUAACUUGGAAUUCCUGGACAGACAGACAAUGCAUGGAUGAUCCACUACCUUCUUUUCCAUAGACUGCAAAUAUUUUAUAGCACCAACCCAAGGAUUUGAUCAUGUCCUGGCUAGCCAACUAAUGAUCCUCUCUAUUCUAUGUGCCUCUAGCAUUUGCAUCUUUACAGUCUUCUCCCAAAGUGAACAAGCACCACGUUGCAUUCCUGCUUUGAUCUUUCAGGGUGUGCUUAUGUAUGGGAAUUGGGCAGUAGCUGAAGGUUAACUAGUGCCUCUCAGAACUGUUUGACGUUCAUAGAACCAUAGAACAAUUGAGUUGAAAGAGACCUCAUGGGCCAUCCAGUCCAACCCCCUGCCAAGAAGCAGGAAAAUUGCAUUCAAAGCACCCCCAAUAGAUGGCCAUCCAGCCUCCAUUUAAAAGCCUCCAAAGAAGGAGCCGCCACCACAGGACUCUCCUUUUUUUACUUGCUGCUGGUGGUUCUUAAUACUACAGUACUCAAGAACAACAUUGUAGCAACUUGGUGGUGACUAUUACAAUUUCUCAUCCUACUAAGCCAGGAGUCCCCAACCUGCCCACUUCUAUGGAUCUCACCACCCCAGGCACCAUGGCCAUUUGCUGGAGAUGGUGGAAGUUGUAACCCAAUACAAGGAACAGUAGUUGAUGUCUAGAAUACAUCAAGUUGGAGGAAACUGCCCUGCAUCCUCAAGUCCACUGCUUCUUCAGCUAUGGGUACCGGUACCAAAUGAGGUCCCCUUAGCUCAGUUUUGGGAUCAUGAAAAAUUUGGCAAGAGGAAAGGGUUUCUGAACAACACCCAUUUGCACAAAUCUGUUAGUAACAAUGUACAGUGUUUACAAUGGACUCGACAGAAAACUCUUUGACUGCAUUCCACAAAAAGGAAAAUCAGUCUGUUUAGCAAGCCUUGCAAAUGUUGAUUUAUUUUCUGUAAAUGUUUGAUUUUUACAACUUCUUUAUUUUCCUAUAUUGUUAAAAACAUGUUUAAAACCUCUCAGGCAGAAAGGAGUCAUGAGUGGAAAAAGUUUAAGAAGCCUUUCUCCAGACUGCUAUGUUCUGCUUUGCUAAUAGAGCUAAAGAAUUAUUUUUAUGCAUUUGUUCUCUCGUUAAAUUGUAUUUUGUCUUUAAUAAAAUUAAAAACACAGGCAACAGUAAAAA